AUGGGUGCUUGUUGCAGUUGCUUAUCAGGUCGCAGUGGCGACGGAAGUAGCAAUCAGUUGCUAUUAGCAGAAAACGAAAGGGAGGCAAUCUCAGCAUUGCUACAAUACCUCGAGAACCGAUCAGAUGUUGAUUUCUUCAGUAAUGGACCUUUGAGGGCCUUGAGUACUUUGGUAUACUCCGAGAAUAUCGACUUACAAAGAAGUGCGGCUUUAGCAUUUGCCGAGAUUACCGAAAAGGAUGUCAGGGAAGUCAACAGAGAUGUAUUGGAACCAAUUCUAAUACUCUUGCAAUCGAGCGACUCUGAAGUACAAAGAGCCGCAUGUGGUGCAUUGGGCAAUCUUGCUGUAAACACUGAAAACAAAAUUCUUAUUGUUGAGAUGGGUGGCUUGGAGCCAUUAAUCAGGCAAAUGAUGUCAACCAACAUUGAAGUACAAUGUAACGCUGUUGGUUGUAUUACCAACUUGGCCACCCAGGAUGAUAACAAAUCGAAAAUUGCCAAGAGCGGUGCUUUGAUUCCAUUGACCAAAUUGGCCAAACUGAAAGAUAUUCGAGUACAAAGAAAUGCUACGGGAGCAUUGCUUAAUAUGACACAUCUGGGUGAAAACAGACAAGAGUUGGUUAAUGCAGGUGCAGUUCCAGUCUUGGUUUCGCUCUUAUCCAACGAGGAUGCCGAUGUACAAUAUUAUUGUACCACAGCUUUGUCAAAUAUCGCCGUUGACGAAUCCAAUAGGAAAAAGUUGGCUAGUACAGAACCAAAGUUGGUCUCUCAACUAGUCACCUUGAUGGACAGUCCGUCACCACGUGUGCAGUGCCAAGCUACAUUAGCAUUGAGGAAUCUUGCAUCAGAUUCUGGGUACCAAGUUGAAAUUGUUCGUGCCGGUGGACUACCCCAUUUGGUGCAAUUGCUCAUGUGCAACCACCAACCACUCAUCCUUGCUGCUGUUGCAUGUAUUAGAAACAUUUCCAUCCAUCCAUUGAACGAGGCACUCAUUAUCGAAGCAGGCUUCUUAAAACCACUUGUUGGCUUACUCGAUUACACAGACUCGGAGGAGAUUCAGUGCCACGCCGUGUCAACUUUGCGAAAUCUAGCUGCCUCUAGUGAAAAGAACCGCACAGCUUUGCUUGCUGCUGGUGCCGUGGAUAAAUGCAAAGACUUGGUUUUAAAAGUUCCUCUUUCUGUUCAAUCUGAAAUCUCGGCAUGCUUUGCUAUCCUUGCAUUAGCAGAUGACUUGAAGCCAAAACUAUACGAAGCCCAUAUUAUUGAUGUCCUUAUUCCAUUAACAUUUUCAGAGAAUGGAGAAGUAUGUGGCAAUUCUGCUGCAGCAUUGGCCAAUUUGUGCUCGCGCGUAUCACCAGAACACAAACAUUAUAUACUCAGUAACUGGACACAACCAGAUGAAGGAAUCCAUGGCUUUUUGAUUAGGUUUUUAGAAUCGGGUUCAGCAACCUUUGAACAUAUUGCACUUUGGACCAUUUUACAAUUGUUAGAGUCUAACAGUGCAGAGUUUAACCAAUUGAUUUCAGACGAUGAGUUGAUCCUUACUGGAAUUAAAAAAAUGAGCAGUUCGCAACAACAAUUGGCCCAAACAGAUUUGCAAAAUGGAAAUGGCAACAACAACAACAACAACAACAACAACGAAGGUGACGAACAAUACGAGGAUCCAAGGAUAGAGUUGUACAACUUGACACAACAAAUAUUGCAGAUUCUUGGAUAG